ACGAACUAGAUAUUGCCAAGCAGUAGUAGCCUAAGGAUGUUCGUUCCCGCUAUACCCCCCUUUGGUUUCAAGCGGCAGGGCCAGUGGAGAUGAUACGUCUGCGCUGGUAGCACCUUUCCAAGGAGCCGGCGGGCUGGUCCCUCUCCGCCUUGGCGGCGGCAGGGCAGUUGUGCGCAGCCGCUAGGCGAGCCCUCAGUGCGGGGGGCUGGUGACCCCGCUGUGCCGGACACGCAGGAAUGCCUGUCUCGGCAAGCAAGGGAGUGCCUUUGCCGGGUCAGCCCCUGGGGACAAUCCGGUUAGCUCACUUUGUGUUUGAAGACAAAUUUAGCAGACGGUUGUGUCGUCUCAUAUGUACUGAUCGCAGAUCCGGAGAGACGCCGCGCGGAGGGUGCCGGGAACAAGGCGUGACGGAGUAGCCCCGAGGGAGAGAUCUGCGCCCGAGCAGCUCUGGAGAGGGGAGCUGAAACCCUGAAGCCAAGGCGCCCUCUUGAGUUCUGUCAGACCUGGCCUUGCAGGCUUCGCCGGCCCAAACAAACCUGCUGUGCAGACCGACAGAGGAAGAAAUGGAAUCCCUUUCCCAGGACUCGAUCUUGGAAUGCCAGAUCUGCUUUAAUUAUUACAGUCCCCGGCGCAGGCCAAAACUGCUCGACUGUCGGCACACCUGCUGCUCAGUGUGCCUUACGCAGAUGAGGACCAGUCAAAAGGAGAUCAGGUGCCCCUGGUGUCGGGGCGUUACGAAGCUGCCGGCGGGCUUCUCGGUAUCCCAGCUCCCCGACGACCCGGAGAUCAUCACCGUGAUUGCCAUCCCUCACGCCUCGGAACACACUCCCGUCUUCAUCCGGCUCCCUAGCAACGGCUGCUACAUGCUGCCCCUGCCGGUCGCUAAGGAGCGGGCGCUGCUGCCCGGAGACUUCGGCUGUCGGCUCUUGCCAGCGGGCGGCCAGCAGAAGGGGGUCGCCGUGGUGACGGUGCCCGAGCAGCAGCCCCUGCAGGGCGGGCCCGGCCCCGAGGGCGAGGAGGGCGAGGUCGAGAGGCGGGGGGCGGUGAAGAGCUCCACCUGGUCUGGAGUGUGCACUGUGAUACUGGUGGCCUGCGUUUUGCUGUUCCUCCUGGGCAUCGUCCUGCACAACAUGUCCUGUAUCUCGAAACGGUUCACGGUCAUCUCCUGUGGCUGAAAGCGCGGCCCCCGAAAGCGGGAAGGAGGUUUCAGCGCAAGCGUGUGGCAGCCAGGGAGAAGGCUGAGAAGCCAAAACCAUGUUUUUGUUGGUGCAGCCCAUUGCUGGUACGUUUCGAGCACUGGGCUGCAGACAAUAGCACAGGACACUCACACCUCCCUCAAUUCCUUCCCUCCCUCUCCCAUUACCCUUUCUCUCGAGAAGGUAGUUAGGAAUAGGUUUCAGAGGGAAUCAGUGAUUUAAAUUUCCAUAUUGUUUAGGGCUCACAGUGGUGGAAAACAUUGUGCAUCGUCGUGUUACUGAAAUGCCUACUUCCUGUAAACAGUAGUGUAAAACAAAAACUGAGUCCUAAGUGUCAGAAAUGAAAUCAUGUCUCCUGUGCUUAGUUGGAGAUGCAAUAUAAAAAAUCUAAAUGCAGUUUUCCUUGUAUUUGGUGCUGCAGUAUCUAAAUAUUUAGAAACCACUUUUAGCCACGUGUUGUGUGGUAGAGACUAUUAAUUGCCAAUCUACUGUAUGUACAUUUUUGUUUCUAUUUCUAAGAAAAAAAUGUAAGUAAGUGGUAUUGUUGAAGCUUGCAUUAUAAUACAGUACACACUGAGUGGUCAUGUCAAUAAAAGGGAAUAUUAUGCUGUGUAAUGCCACCAUCUAGGAGCAAGCACAGAUCCUUAGUGGCAUCAAAAAACAAUAAAUAUGUCACAUAAAGCCAUAAUCUUCAUAUUUGCUCAACCACAUUGAAUGGAAAUUUGCCUGUGCAUAGUUUAGACAGUCAUGUCCCGGAAGUAGUCAAAGCUUAAUUGCUUUCAAAUGAGGAAUCCAGCAUUUUUCACCAGUUUCUGUCUUAUCCAUGUGCUGUACACAUGUAUGACUCUUCUCAAAAGAGGAACGAACAGGCACUCUUUUUGUGAGCUUUUCUAACAUGGGACUUUUUCAACAUCAUUUGCUUUGAGUUCAAUUAUGCCAAAUCGGAGAUUAAGACGUUUAGGUCAUACUAACUGGUUUGUUGAAGCUGUGGAGGUUAAGCUGCCCAAAUCAUGAGGCUCUUCAUUUUAGUCCCCUGAUAAUAAAUUAUUUUACAAUAUUAAAGCAAUUAAAUGUAAUAAAACAGGGUGUUUUACAUGUAUAUGUACAAAAUGAUUGUAUUUUUUUUUCUAUUUACUGUGUUUUAUCAGUAAAUGAGCUUCUUUGGAAAAAGCUCCUGAUAUGCUGCAUGAUUUGAGUAGAUUGUGUUUCACAAAGAUGUGUGUUGGCGGGUCAGAGUCAGAUAGGUGUAAUGUGUGUUAAUAUAUGUGAACCUGGGAUUGCAGAAAAAAAGAAAAGUCACAUUUUUCAGAAAGAUGAUUUCUCUCCACUAGGGCUACUGACAAAAGGAAACGAUGUCAAAUUAUUUGUGUUGGGAUGGAGGUAGUUUUUUAGUGUUUUUUUAUCUUUGAUAGAUGAGGGAAUUUAGUUGACUGCCUUAAUUUAAAGUAUCAAGUACCACAUUCCCAUUGCUGGAUAUUCCUGUGAUGGCAUUUUGUGUCUUAGUGGCUUCUUCUACAUUUUCUUUGGCAAGAGUCACAAAGAUAAUUAUUAAGGUUAAGAUUUCCUGUGAUAGGACUGUUUAGUACCUUGUAAUACAGAGAACUUAAUGUCUAAAUGAUAAAAGAUUGCUAUUGUUGGCAUAUAUAAGCCUGGAUUUCAGUUUAUUGCUCAAAAUAAUGUUUGGUGUUUAUCAUAGAAGAAGUCACACAGGUACUUCUAGGAUGUACGCACAAGUAUGAAAACAUGCUUACUGACAGCUUUGAUUUUAUUUUUUGUCACACUGUUUUCAUCGACGUGUCAGAAGUAUUUUCAGAUGUUUUCCUAGCUUGAGUGUUGGUAGAGUUUGAGAUGAAGAAUUCUGCAUACCCUUCAAAGCACGAGUCAGAAUCAUUGUUAUGAAGUUUUUUUAAGUUUUAAAAUGCAUUGUGGGAGGCUCUGGCUGGACCUUUACUCCUGUUUACUAUAAUCCCAUGUGUUUUUUUUUUAACGGUAAGAGGAAAAAGAAAUUGUAGAAAAACAUGUUUCUCAGUAAAUUAUUUUACAAUUAUAAAGGACUAAAUUGAAAUAAGAAAACUUAUUCUACUCCCUCUUUUUGUUUUUGAUCUUGUUCUGUAUCCCUGAUGCGUAUAACAUCUUGUAUGAUUUAUUGGUUUUGUAAUUUUUAUUUUUGAAAAUACUUUUGUAUGAUAGUUUUCAUCCUUAUCUUAAUAAGGGGUAGUGGAACAGCGAAAAAGAGCUUCUACUGUACCACUGUCACAGAUAGCUUUACAUCGGUAUGAUAGGCACCUCUACGAGGGUGGCAAUACAUUUUGUAUCUUCUGCUGCGAUAUCUGUGCCAGCAAUUUGUUAGUGCUGAAGUCUCUCUAUGUAAACGUGUCUGUAGUCGUGACUGCUUACGUCUCUUUACUGAUGCGAGCAGAAGUUUAAAGAACAUUAAAGAACAUCUGAAAUGUAA